AUGGAGCAGUGGUGGCCAGACAGCUUCCCAGCUGUGCUGGCUGUGCUGACGAGUGGUCCCCAAAGCAACCAGGCCAGCAGGAAGACUAAGAAGAAGGAAGGGGGGGGCCUACGGGCCCAGAGGGCAUCAUCCAACGUCUUCUCCAACUUUGAGCAGACCCAGAUCCAGGAGUUCAAGGAGGCAUUCACACUAAUGGAUCAGAACCGAGAUGGCUUCAUUGACAAGGAGGACCUGAAGGACACCUAUGCCUCACUGGGCAAAACCAACAUCAAGGAUGAUGAGCUGGACGCCAUGCUCAAGGAGGCCUCAGGGCCCAUCAACUUCACCAUGUUCCUGAACAUGUUUGGGGCGAAGCUGACAGGUACGGAUGCUGAGGAGACCAUCCUAAAUGCCUUCAAGAUGCUGGAUCCCGAUGGCAAAGGCAGCAUCAACAAGGACUACAUCAGGCGGCUGUUGAUGUCCCAGGCAGACAAAAUGACUGCUGAAGAGGUUAACCAGAUGUUCCAGUUUGCCACCAUUGAUGCUGCAGGCAACCUGGACUAUAAGGCACUGAGCUACGUGCUCACCCACGGGGAGGAGAAGGAAGAGUGAGGGGCAUCUCCCCCAUCCC